UGCCUGAGCAGAGGCACUGCAAUUCCUCCAUCUCUGCCUGCUCCCAUCGAUCUUGCAGCAUUUAUUGACCUCCUUAAUUAUAGUAUUGUUCUAGCUUCUAUAUAGAUAUAUAUAUAUAUUUAAGCACAUAUAGAAAUCAUAACCCACUCAUGACCUAAUCACUGCAACACCUCUAUUUAUCCCUCUCCUCCCUGCACUUCUGUACACUCUAUCUCAUUAUAUUCUUGCAGAAAGGUACUUAUCAGCUCACUACUUUGACCUUGAUCUCCAUUUUCAUCUUCAUCUUGAGCUGGAGGUGGAGGUGGGGGAGAUAGGCCGUAUGGCGACCGUCUACCCUGAUCUUUCGCUUCACAUCUGUCCCCCUUCCGCCGCCGUCGCGACGACAGCGGCGGCAACCGGAGAAGUAGCGUCCAACUCCAGCGGCAGCAGCGAGAGUGAGUUGAGCCAUGAACUGAUACUGCAGCAGCAGCAGCAGCAGCAGUUGUCGUUUAAUCGGGUUUGGCAUGGCGUCCGUGAGCCGAGUCUCCACCUCGGGCUAGAUCCCCACGGCGACCGUGACCGUGACCGUCUCCGUCUUUGCCACCGGCAGGCAGCGUGCGGGUUCAAGCGGAGCGCGUCGAAGUCGGCCGGCCACCGGAGGAAGAGGAGUAUCAGGGCUCCGAGAAUGAGGUGGACCACCACCCUGCACGCGCACUUUGUCCAUGCAGUCGAGCUCCUCGGCGGCCAUGAGAGAGCUACACCAAAAUCGGUUCUUGAACUCAUGAACGUUAAGGAUCUAACCCUAGCACACGUCAAGAGCCAUCUCCAGAUGUAUAGAACAGUGAAGAGCACUGACAGAGAAGGACAAGGAGGGAAUGGUCGAGGUGCUGAAAUGGGGAUGAACAAUGCUGCUUCUCAGUGGAGUGGAAGAGAGGUGGAAGCAGAAGAAGUGGAGGGAGGAGUACUAUUGCAGGGUCAAUAUGAUCAGAUCAGCAGCCAUUGCUAUGCCUUACCAACAACACCACCACCACUGUCCAACUCUUCAAGCAGUGAGUUGCGUCCAUCUUUGGAGAGGACUGCUUGGAACCCAUCAAUCAGACUAAAUAAUGCAUUAUCAUAUCCUUACUUCAGAGGGGAUCAUUUGCUGCACAGUGACAGCCAGAUGGAAGAUCAACCAAACAUCAAUCCUUUUCCUGCUGCAGCUGAUGGAGGGAGGGCACCUCCUAACCUUGAGAUAACAUUAGGCAGAUAAAAUGGGCAAAUGCAGCUUUUCAGUGUCCCAGUUUAUGAAGUUUUAGUUGGAAAGAAAAGUUUGUGUGAUAAUUAAACUAAUCGACAAGGAAUGUGGUGAAGAAUUGAAGAGUGGCAUUUGUACAUGUAAAAUUUGGUCUUUGACAAAAUUUGUCUGGAGAUUAUUUUUGAGUCUUGAGUA